UCCCAACAGUCUAACAAGAUUUCAACAGCACAACGGAUUAAUACUUUCUAAUCAAUAUUUUUUUAAUUGUCUGUAGUAUUUUUUAAAAAAAAAUCUAUAAUAAAUUCGUUUAAAUAAAUUGAUAAUAUGGAAAUUUCAAUACAAUUGUGUAGUAUUCUUGUUGCCCUUAUAUGGCUCGGAUCAUUGGAGGUUAAUGGGGCAAAAUUCCUCGCCGAAAAACCGGCAUUUUUGGAUAUUUGCAAGCGUUCGGAUAGCGAAUUUGGUAAAUGUUGGGCCAAAAAUCUAGAAAAGAUGUUCAAUGGAUGGAAAUCAGGUGUCCCUGGUCUUAAAUCAAUUGGUUCAUUAGAUCCCCUACAUGUAAAACGUGCCAAGAUCACCCAAGGUGCCGAAGGUAGUCCAAUUUCGAUGAACAUGGAAUUGGUAAAUGCUGAACUAUCCGGCCUGGGUGGAACCAUUAUAGAUGAUGCUGGAUCUAAUGGCAAUAGUUUGGAAAUGAAAUUAAGAGUUACCGUACCUUCGUUCAAAUUGACCGGAGAUUACACAAUGCAUGGCAAUAUUUUAAGCUUGGCCCUGAACAGCAAGGGCAAGGCUCUUAUGAUAUUUGAAAAAGCCACCUUUACACUCAAUUUCCGCCUGAAAUUACGUGAAGAUGGCGCCCAAUCGUUUGCCGAUGUGGAAAAACUAGAUUUGUUGUGGGAAGAUAACGGUGGCAUGCAAUUCCAUUUGAGUAAUUUAUUCAACGGCGACAAGGCGUUGGAGGACAGUGCCCAUGCCCUGCUAAAUGCAAAUUGGCGUGCAAUUUUUGAAGUUCUUCGCCCAGCUUUGAGUCAAACUAAUAAAAUUGUUGUAAAAGACAUUUUAAGCGUUCCCGGUCUUAAAACACUCGGUUCACUGGACCCGCUGCACAUCAAGCGUGCCAAAUUUAGCCAGGGUGGUAAGAAUGACAUUAUUUCCAUAGACAUGGAUUUGGCUAAUGUGGAACUAAUGGGUUUAAGCGAUGUUAUUAUCGAAGACAUAGGAUCCAAUGGCAAUAAUUUGGACAUAAAAUUCAAACUGACGGCCCCCAAUUUCAAAUGGAAUGGUGAUUAUGCCAUGAAAGGAAACAUUUUAAGCUUGGCAUUGGACAGCAAGGGCAAAACUUUUAUGGCAUUUGAAAAGCCCACCUUCACCCUGAACUACAAGAUGAAAUUACGUAAAGAAGGUGAUUAUGAAUUUGCCGAUUUGGAAAAACUACAUCUGGUGUGGGAAGAUAAUGCCAACGUGCAAUUCCGCUUGGAAAACCUCUUCAAUGGCGAUAAAGCUUUGGAGGAUAGUGCUCACACUUUGCUAAAUGCAAAUUGGCGACCAAUCUUUGAGAAUCUACGACCUGUAUUGAGUCAAACCAAUGAAAUUGUUUUAAAAGACAUUCUAAACAAGAUAAUGGCCUAUGUGCCGACUUUCGGUUUCUUUUUGAAAAAAAAAAUGAAAUAUUGUAUUUGUCUUACACUGCUGUUUUGGACAACUUCGGCGGUGGUGGGGAAAAAGGUUUUAACCGAAAAACCUGCAUUUCUCAAUGCCUGUCCCAUUGAGGCCACUGAUGUGGGCUCUUGCUUUGCCAAAAAUCUUGAAGCAAUGUUCCACGAAUGGAAGGCCGGUGUUCCCGGCUUAAAAUCCAUCGGCUCCCUCGAUCCGUUGCAUGUCAAACGCAUUUCCAUUGAGCAGGCUGUUAGUGGACCCAUUUCUUUGAAUCUGAAUAUGCAAAAUGCUGAAAUAUUUGGGCUUUCUGGAACAUCAAUUACAGAUGUUGGUACUGAUGCAAAAAAACUCACCUUCAAAUUUAACAUCAAUGUACCCGAAUUUAAGUUGAUCAGUGACUAUGCGGUCAAUGGGAAUCUGCUGAGUUUGGCAUUGAAUAGCAAAGGCAAAGCUGAAAUAAUGAUGGAAAAAGCCCUUCUAAAUUUGGCCAUACGUGUGAAAAUUCGUGAAAAUGGCGAUUUCAAAUUUGGUCAACUGGAAAAACUCCAUCUGGUGUGGGAAGAUGUGGGUGGCAUGCAUUUACAUUUGGAUAAUAUUUUCAAUGGUGAUGCAACGCUAGAGGAUAGUGCCCAUGCUUUGAUAAAUGAAAAUUGGCGUUCCAUCUUCGAAGUAUUGCGCCCGGCCCUGACACAAACCGUUGAGGUUAUUAUGAAAGAUUUCUUGGGUAAAAUUUUGAGUCAUAUACCGGUGACAUAUUUAUUGGAUGGAUUGUAAAUAAAAAAGGAGAUAUCCAAA